CUCAUUCGUCUACAGAGAACUACAAAUCCCAGAACCCCGUAUGUAUGUGACGUAAACGCGCGAUGCGCUACGUUGCUGUGCAGCGCGGGAAAGUGAUGUGACGCGAAAUGCAGUGCCCUGGUUAUCCUGAGGACACUGUGCGCGCUCUGGCUGAAAGACUGCCAUGCAGAGAGGCACAGGUGACCAUGCUGCUGUCCCUCAUGGGAGAGCCAGAUCAGUACAGUUAUCCAUCGAUCUUCAUUUACGGCCAUAGGUCAACAGGGAAGAGCCAUGUGGUGCUUUCCAUCAUGAAGGACCUGGAGCUGCCUCACGCUUUUGUGGACUGUGUGGAGUUUGUGUCUCCCGGGCUCCUGUUUCAUCGGGUGUUGUCAGCAUUUUUCGGUUCGGAUGCUGCAGCGUUGUUGCCUCGCUCCCCAUCUUUGUCAGACUUUGUCAGACUUUACAAACAGAUGAGCUCCAAGACACCUGCCACUCAGACACGCUAUAUAAUCAUGGAUAGAGCUGAACGCAUGAGGGAUAUGGAUUUCAGCCUGCUUCCUGCUCUCCUGCGCUUACAGGAAUUGGUCAGUGAUAACUUGACUGUUAUCCUGCUCAGCCCAAUCGUCUGGGAGAAGUUUCGUCCCACCACUGGAUGCUUUGAACCUCUGCUUUAUAAUUUUCCAGAUUAUAAUAAAGCGGAGCUUGCACAGAUCUUGUCUCGGGAUCAUCACCCUUCUUACACACCCGAGCUCUACGCCUCCUACAUCAACAUCCUGUUGGGGGUCUUCUUCUCUGUGUGCAGGGAUCUACGGGAGCUCAAGCACCUGGCUGCCCUGAAUUUCCCAAAGUUUUGUGAGCCUCUGGAAAAAGGAGAAGCCAAAGAGAGCGAUAUUCACAAGUUAUGGAGAAAAAUUGAGCCCCAUCUGCAAAGAGCCAUGCAGACAGUUUACCUCCGAGAGGUGUCCAGCAUGCAAUGGAAGGAGCAGCAGAUGGACGAGAAGGAGACCACAACCCCCAGAGGUUUAUCAGCCCAUGGUCACAUAGAGCUGCCAUAUUACUCCAAGUUUCUUUUGAUUGCUGCAUACCUGGCAUCUUUUAACCCUGCCCGCACAGACCGCCGCUUCUUUUUGAAGAGUCACGGGAAAAUAAAAAAGACAAAUUUCUUGAAGAAACAUGAAAAGACUAGUAACCAUCUGUUGGGACCGAAGCCUUUUCCACUUGACAGACUGAUGGCCAUAUUUUACAGCGUGGUUGAUAGUAGAGUUGCACCGACUGCCUGUAUUUUUUCCCAGAUCGCGUCUCUAGUUACUCUGCAGCUACUCUCUCAGGUGGGACAUGAUGACCAGCUGGACGCACCCAAAUACAAAUGUGCCGUUUCGAUGGACUUUAUUCUUGCUAUCUCCAGAACUGUAAACUUUGAUGUAGUGAAGUAUCUUUACGACUUCCUGUGAGCCUGUUGCUGUGGAGGUAAAGCUGACAUCUUAUUGGACAAAGCGCUUGGGAUUACUUAAGGCUACAGGAAGCUGAGCUGUACGCUUCCUGCAUUUUUAAGGCCAGUCAAAUGGCACCAAAGUUACAUUUCUCAUGUGUUGAUGUUCGGCAAUGUUUUGCCGUCACUACCGGAUGAUGGCCUGAUGAAAGGCAUGACAUUGCUUCCAAACCUUAUGGUAACGUCACAGUUCAUAGCAUCACAUACUUCAAGCACUUAAUUUUAAUGUGAAAUCCACAUCGAAAUACGUUUUGUGUUAUUUAGAUCUUGUUUAACACCAAGGUCUUUGUGAAGUGACCUCUUAAUCUUAGCAAAGCAACCCUGGAGAACAUUUACUCUGUUGGUGGCAGAGAAAUGGCAAACAAAACUCAAAACCGGUAUUAAAUAAACCAGAGGAAAUGAAUUGUUUGUUUACUGGAGUGCAAAUGAUUAAAAUUGAGGUUUUGUUAUUAUUCAGGAUUGCGGUCUCUUAAUUCAGCUUUUGAGAGCCAGCUUGUGCGAUUCGCUUCUGACUCACAAGGUCUCUAUGGUAAUAGAUUGCGGUUGUCAUGGAAACUGUGCAGACCAUAGUUUAAAAUGCUCCAAAACGUGACUCGUGUAUUUUCACAAAAUGAUGUAGUUGGAAACAAAGAAAGCAGCUUGAAUGGCAGUCAUUUUUGCAUAGAGACAAACCUCUGUCUACAUUUUUAAUAUGCAAGUGCUUAAUCAGUUCAUUAACAUGCAAGUAGGUCUUGUAGUCCUGCAUUACAUCAAAAGGAACCGUAAUAACGUGUCUAUAUCUUCAAAGCAACUGUUAAAAAGCUUUGCAAGAGCAAAAUCUAAAAAAUGUACACUCAUGCACUGUGGAGAAUACAUUAUGGGGCGGUUUCCUGUACAGGGCUUAUCUUAGUCCCAGACUAAAAUGCUAGUUUGAACUGCUUUAUAUUAAAAACACCUUGCCCUGCCUUAUUUGAUCAUGUGUCUUUAAUGUUCAAUAUUAAUGGGCAUUAUAUGAUUGAAUAAGAUUCAGAAAAUGUUAUCUUCAGAAUUUAGUUAAGUAAGGGAUAAUGUCCAGGCAGCAGGUUGUUAUCGCAGAAAUAUGCCUCGUCAUUGUGAUCAGGAGUCUCACUUGAAGGGGGUUAUUUUGCGAUAACAACCUGUACAUUAUCCUGCUUAUUACAGGGCUAUUUACCUCAUAGUAAGGUAAGGAGCAUUAAAAAUAUAUUCAUCAUUUAUAUAUAAUUUUUUUUAAACGAAUGCAGACCUACCGUGUGGAAAACCCAUUUACUUUCCAUUUUUUAAAUACUUUUAAAUUUCAGGAUCACACUAUUUGGUUUAAGGGUCAAUGACCUGACGUUAAUUAUUUUGUGUCUGUAUGACACAUAAUAUAAUUUGUCAAAGAUUAUUUGGAAAACGGAGCUGUUUUCAGCGAGGACAAAUAUUACAAAAAUGCAUUUAAAUUUAUAUUUAGAAAUAAUAAUAAAAUAAUAUUUUUAAAUUAUUUUUUCUUUUGAUGAAGAUUACGCUUACAUGCCAUCAAGGUGGAUAAAAUAUUAAAAAUUUCUUAUUCUUUGGUGCAAUUGGCGGUUACACAAUUUGACAUUUUUACAUCCAUUCAGUCUAAACUUUCAUUAAAAUAGUGAAAAUGUAAUUUUUAUAUUGCAUAUAAUUAACAUAAAUACACUUUGUGCAUUGAAAUAAACCUGAUGCAUGCCUUUAAAACAAGUUUUUUUUAAAAUAUUUUUUAAUUUCUCAUUUUGCCAAACUGUUUUUGUCACUGACCCUUAAUCAUUUUUAAAUAAAAUCCCGGACAUGUUAUUAAAGAUUUAUAUUUAAUUUUGUGUAAUAUUAAACUGUACCUGUAAAAAUAAUUAGCAGCAUCCAUGUUAUCGUGUGUUAUUAGUUUUGACCGGUUGUUAUCUGAAACACACGAACCUUGGAAUGUCGCGAGUGGCCAAUCAGAAUCAAGCAUUUUGGAGAGCCGUGAAUAAUGCAAGUUAAUAUAACCACCAAAACUACCAGUAUCGGCAGAUGAAUAAUCGGCUGUCAGUGGAAAAUAUUUAUGUUGGUGCAUCUCAAAUAAGUAUAUGUAUAUGUCUUUGAAAUAUAAAAGGAUGACUUGUAUUAUAGUAGCUGAUAUGAUAUUUUUGCAAGCAGUGUCCU